AUGGAUACUGCGCCUACUGCCGAGCCGGUCCACGCCCCUGAGCAACAGCUUCAUCGUCAAUGGCUGGAAGGUAUGAAGGCUGAGUCUGGUGCGGCUCCCCGACCACGCGCUCUGUGGAAGGAGUCAAUGGCUGAGAAGUUUAGGCGUUACUCGGUUCCUACUUGGGACCCUGUGCUUUCUGCACGCCAACGCAAGACGUGCAAUCUCCGCCUCCAUCGCCAUCACUUCCAUGAUAGUCAUUGGGCAUGGGAUGGUCUCCGUUUGGGUAUGCUUAUCCCUGAGUUCCAUGGUUUGGAGAUUCUUAAGCACGCUUCUCACGACGAAGAAAAGCCGGAGGAGCCCCUCACCCACGAAGAGAUCGAGGAUACCGAGCCUAUGCAACCUUUCAAAUUUAAGCAUGAAGAGGACUACGAAGAAUACACGGAACGCCUUUUGGUGAAAUGGGACGAUAAGGAUGACAAGGAAAAGAUGCUCAAUGUCCAUAUUCUCUACCGCAUCUAUAUUAUGCUAAUUGGUGCUUUGUGCACGCUUUGUACUUCAUUUACCUCAUCGGCCCCAUCUGGUAUUAUCCCUCAAAUGGUGGAAGAAUUCCAAACUACAAAAGAGGUCGUCAAGGCUUCUAUCUAUUUGUUUGUUGGUGCCUUCUGUGUUGGUCCUCUGAUUUGGGGCCCUGUCUCGGAGCUGUUCGGUCGGCGUAUCGUGUUUAUAACUGCGUUCCUGGGCUUCACUUGCUUUAACGUCGGCUGCAUGCUUUCUACCAAUAUUGCAUCGAUGAUCGUUUGCCGUUUCUUUGCUGGCGCCUGUGGAUCCGUAUCCAUGGCUGUAGCUCCAUCUCUUAUUGCCAGUCUUUGGUCUCUGAAGUAUCUCCAGACGGGUAUUGUUGUGUUCUCGUUGGCGCCUUGUGCUGGUCCUUGUCUGGGUCCUAUUGUCAGUGGCUAUAUUACUAAUGCCGGUGCGGACUGGCGUUGGGUGUUCCGAGUGUGCGCUAUUUUCUCGUUUGUGCUCUUAUUGUUGGUGGUCUUCACUAUGGGCGAGACCUUGGACUCCAUCCGUCUGAAAUACAAGGCACAGCGUCUUCGUCGUGAGACAGGUGAUGACCGUUACAUUGCGCCGAUCGAGUUCCGUCAUAUCCAGUGGUCUAAGAUUCCCAUCCAGGUGCUUGGUAAGCCGUUCAAGAUUCUCUUAGAAGAGCCUAUGCUUAUGGCGCUUACUAUUUACACGUCGUUUGUCUAUGGCGUGAUUUACCUGCUGUUUGAUGCCUACCCGAUUGUAUUCGGUGAGCUGCACAACAUGCGACAGGGUGCGCAGGGUCUUAUGUUCCUUGGUUUGGUCGUGGGUAACGUCAUUGCUGCAAUUUACUGUGUGUCUGUGGACAACCGUGACUAUAUCAAGAAAUUCGUUGCGAACGGAAAUAAAGCAUUGUCCCCCGAGCGUCGUCUGAACACGGCUUUGAUUGGCGGGCCCUUAAUUACCAUCGGUCUUUUCUGGUUUGCGUGGACAUCCUUCCCAAGCGUUUCGUUCUGGAGUCCUCUUGUGGCCGGUGGUGUAGCCGAUGUUGGUCUGUUCUUCAUUUUCCUCAGUCUUUUGACUUAUCUUACGGAGACCUAUGCGGAGAACUCGGCCAGUGCUAACUCUAUCAAUACCAUUGUCCGGUCCGCUUUUGGUUGCGGUUUCCCCAUGUUCGGUGCUCAGAUGUACCACAAUUUGAACCCUCGCUGGGCGUCCACUGUCAUUGCUUUUAUCUCUCUUGUACUCGUGCCUAUCCCCUUCGUACUCGUUAAGUUUGGUCCAACGAUCCGUUCUUGGUCCAAGAACGCAUGCUAA